AUGAACAGUGAAUACGAUUAUCUAUUUAAAUUAUUACUAAUCGGUAACUCUGGUGUUGGUAAGUCAUGUCUACUGUUGCGUUUCUCCGAUGAUACUUAUACAAACGAUUACAUUUCAACUAUUGGUGUUGAUUUCAAAAUUAAAACUGUUGAUUUAGAUGGUAAGACUGUUAAACUGCAGAUUUGGGAUACUGCAGGUCAAGAAAGAUUCCGUACCAUUACAUCUUCUUAUUACAGAGGUUCUCACGGUAUUAUUAUCGUUUAUGAUGUUACUGAUCAAGAAUCCUUCAACGGUGUUAAAAUGUGGUUACAAGAAAUUGAUCGUUAUGCAACUUCAACAGUUUUGAAAUUACUUGUAGGUAACAAAUGUGAUUUGAAAGAUAAGCGUGUGGUAGAAUACGAUGUGGCUAAGGAAUUUGCAGAUGCUAAUAAAAUGCCAUUCAUAGAGACAAGUGCUCUUGAUUCUACAAAUGUUGAAGAAGCGUUUUUAACCAUGGCUAGACAAAUUAAGGAUAGCAUGGCUCAACAGCAGAGACAUGACGGUGGUGCUGCUAAUGGACAAAACGAAAACGGCAACGUUAAUUUAAAGGGACAGAGUUUGACAAACUCAAGUGCUAACGGUUGUUGUUAA